CUAUCUAUCUAUCUAUCUAUCUAUCUAUCUGUUCCCUCCAAACUCAUGUAGUGUGCUCGACCGCCUUGAGUUGUAACAGGGGGACAACUGUUUGGUUUUGGCCCUCUGACGUCACAUCCAUUCCCACAAUGCCAUAGUAACACGACUGCGCACUCGCGCUCGUGGACGCGCACCAGCAGACAGCCCAUCACACACAGAGCGAACAUGGCGGGCGCCUCCGACCCUCUGGAAGACAUGCUCUUCUCCGAGGUGGACGAGAAAGCCGUGAGCGAUCUAGUGGGCUCGCUGGAGUCUCAGCUGGUGGGCCAGAGCGAGCCGCCCGCCGCGCAGCCCGAAAACGCACGCCCGGGCAGCGCGAAGCAGCAGCAGCAGCAGCAGGCAGGAGGAACAGCGCAGCUGCCUGCUCCUGUAGACUCUCCAUCAGAACCACAACAACAAGCACAGCAGCAGCAGAACGCACGGAAAGCUGCGCGCAACCCGGAUUCCGACCCGAAAGACGUCAGCCUGGAUAAGCACGCCAAAGCCCUGGAGAAGGAGAGCCCUCUGAAGUCACAUGGAGGCAGCAUCAUCAUCAUCACUACGGCUGCGGCGGCAGCAGCAUCCGACGCUCCUGCACCGGGCAACAAAGGUGAGAGCCCGAGGGACACCCGCAAGAAGCACCCGGGGAAUACGCGCACGCUGCGCUCCGCAGCAUCCCACAGUCUCAACGGCAACGGAGGCGGCGCAGCAUCAGCAUCACCCGGCACCUCCAGCCCGAGCGGCACGACUUUCACCGUGUCCAGCAACCCGCAGGCGAUCGCGCUGGACCGCGGGACGCCCACCAUCGCGCUGCACAGACUCCCGCGUCACAUCAUCGCCAGCAUCGCGCAGAAUGGAAACGGCACGUCCGUGUCCGCGCUGGUCCAACAGGGCGCUCGGAUCGCAGCGACGGGCGCGCAGGUCAACCACAGCAAACCACCCGCGGACGCGUCCGGGAACAACGCGAAACCCCAGGCGACCUCUGCGCCACCCGCGGCGGCCGCAACAGCGCCUGUCAAACCCGCUGUCAGUGUCAGUGCGGCUCCGGUCAUCAGACCUGCGCAGACGCAGCCGCCUGCGCAGCAGAGGGUCGUAACCCCGCAGUUGAUUGUCAGACCGCCGCAACAACAAACUACCAUACAGCUGCCGCCCGGAUUCACCAUCCCACCAGGUAUGGUUCUGGUCCGGACGGAGAUGGGUCAGCUAGUGAUGGUUCCUCAGCAGGCUCUGGCUCAAGCUCAGGCCCAGAACAGCAUCUCACCGCGGCCCUCUACGCCCACCAGCGUGGCCACAUUCAGGGUCACGACCCCACAGUCUCCUGUUAGCACUCAGGCGAUUCGUCCCGCUCCUGCGGCUCAAACCAAACUGGUCCAGUCUAGUUCACCGAGCGCCGCGGCCCAGACCAGCACCGCAGCCGGCCCCGCUAAGGCCCCCGUGGCAGCCGCCGUGGCAGUGACAGCUCCCCAGCAGGUCCAGCCGGCCUUGGGCCCCCAGGGGCCCCUCACUCAGAUGCCACUGGCCCCGCAGAGCGCAGCCGCCCCGGCCCCUGGAGCUUCGGUUGUCUCCCAGGAAAUGCAGGAGAAUGUGAAGAAGUGCAAGAACUUCUUGGCGACGUUGAUCAAGUUGGCGUCCCAUAAUUCCCCAUCCCCAGAGACGUCUCGAAACGUGAAAGCGCUGGUGCAGGAUUUACUGGAUGCGAAGAUCGAUCCGGAGGAGUUCACCAGCCGGCUACAAUCCGAGCUGAAGUCGUCUCCGCAGCCGUACCUGGUUCCUUUCCUGAAGAAAAGUCUCCCUGCGUUGCGUCUGUCUCUCCUGAACAGCCAGCAGUCUCUCACUCAGCCUCUGCAGCCCAACAAAACCAGCGUGACGCCGGUCCAGACGGGAGUGAGUGUGCGGCCACACCAGCCCAACAGCACCACCGUACUGCCACAAGGUAUCAAGAGGGCAGCGGGUCCUGGCAGCCAGAUACGGAUGCCUGUGGUCAUCACGCAGACUGUGCGAGCGACAGGUACUUUAGGGAAGCCUGUGGCUAUCCAGACGGGCAAAAGCCCAGCGGGCGUCACCAUACAGCUCUCAGGAAACCAGAAAAACAAGCUGAAUGACCCGGGGGGAGGCUCCUUCAGAGACGACGAUGACAUUAACGAUGUGGCAUCUAUGGCCGGCGUGAACCUCAACGAGGAGAGCGCUCGUAUUCUAGCGACCAACUCCGAUCUUGUGGGAACGCAGAUCCGGUCCUGUAAAGACGAGGCUUUUCUGCCGACAGGUCUAUUACACCGGCGAAUACUGGAAACAGCUAAGAGGUUUGGAGUGACGGACGUACCGCUGGAGGCUGUGAACUUCAUCUCUCACGCUACGCAGUCCAGAUUACGGACGGUGCUGGAGAAAGUUUCCUCCAUCGCGCAGCACAGAAUGGACUCGUGUAAGGAAGACGAGUGGUACGAGCAGUCGUCUGAUGUGCGCUCGCAGCUCAAGUUUUUCGAGCAGUUGGAACGCAUGGAAAAGCAGAGGAAAGAUGAGCGAGAACGAGAGAUUCUCCUCAGAGCAGCGAAGAGUCGCUCGCGGCAAGAAGAUCCAGAACAAGCCCGUCUGAAGCAGAAAGCAAAGGAGAUGCAGCAGCAGGAACUCGCCCAAAUGAGACAACGAGACGCCAACCUGACGGCACUCGCCGCCAUCGGCCCUCGGAAAAAACGCAAAGUAGACUCGCCAGGAGCUACAACGACAGGCACUGAGGUGUCGGGGAGUUCGGCAGGUUCUCCGGCCGGAUCGACGGCCCCGUCCAGCUCGUCACGGCAGUAUAACCGCCAGAGAAUAACACGCGUCAACCUCAGGGACUUCAUCUUUUACAUGGAGCAAGAGAGAGAGACCAGCAGAUCUCUGUUACUGUACCGCGCUCUCCUGAAGUAGCCAACGCUGAGCGAACGCUAAACAACUCUACACUACAGAGGAAUCAGCAGCCAAACCACCCGAGCAGACGUUCACCCAACGAUCGACUUCCUUCUCAGCCCUGCGACGUGCCUUCAGCCCCGUUCACCGCCUCUGUGUCUGUGACCUCGUGAUGUCAGCGUUGCUUUUGAUAGAAAAGCUUUGAAAAAAGAGAAAAAAAAACGAAGAUGUACUUCAUGUUUCCUGUUUUCUCCUCAACGUUAUUAGGUAAACUGUAUUUAUGAUAGUGGAUUUUAAGGCUUGUCUCUCCGGCUUUGAGCCGAGGAGUGUUUGUUUGUUUGUUUGUUUUUUGUGUAUGAAUGAAUCUGACACUGUAAACACUUUCUUCAUCAGGUCGCCAAGAUCUCGAGAUCACCAUGAAUUAAGCUUUCACUCUCGUUUUAUUAAUGCGUUUCUUCGUUUUAGUUAAAUCAUGACCACAAUUUGCUAUUCGUCAUCUUCAUUUAAGUAAAAAAUUACCACGUUGUAGUAACUCCCUUGAUUUGAUUUACUAAAACAAGGGAACAAAUUAGUACAAAUUUGCAGCAAUUUACUAAAACAAGAAAAGAAAUGUGUAAAAGUUGCCAACGAUUUACUAAAAUGAAGGUACAAGUUGGAACAAACUGGCCACGAUUUACUAAACUGGGGAAUGAAUUGGUACAAAUUAGCAACAAUUUACUAAAUCAAGGAAACAAAUUAGUGCAAAUUGACCACGAUUUACUAAAACGUGGGAACAAAUUAGUACAAAUUGGCCAAAAUUUACUGAAAUGAGCGAUCGAAUUGGUAAAAAUUGGCCACAAUGUACUAAAAUGAGGGAAUGAAUUAGUAAUAACUGGCCACGAUUUACUAAAAUAAGGUAACGAAUUAGUAAAAAUUGGCUGUGAUUUACUAAGACGAGGGAACGAAUUGUUGAAAAUUGGCCACAAUUUACUAAAAAGAAUGAAUAAGUACAAAUUGUCAACGAUUUACUAAAAUGAGGGAACAAAUUAGUACAAAUUGGCCACAAUUUACUGAAAUGAGCGAUUGAAUUAGUAAAAAUUGGUGAUGAUUUACUAAAACAAGGCAACAAAUUUGUAAAAAUUUGCCAAAAUUUACCAAAACAAGACAAUGAAUUAGUGCAAAUUGGCAACGACUUACUGAAAAAAGGGAAUGAAUUAAUAAAAACUGGCUACGGUUUACUAAGACGAGGGAAUGAAUUUGUGAAAGUUGGCCACAAUUUACUAAAACAAAAGAAUAAGUACAUUUACUAAAACGAGACAAAUUAGUGUAAAUUGACCACAAUUUACUAAAACGAGGGAAUGAAUUAGUAAAAACUGGCAAUGAUUUACUAAGAUGAGGGAACAAAUUGGUACAAAUUGGCCACGAUUUACUAAAACGAGAGAACUAAUUAAUAUAAACUGGCCACAAUUUUAUUAAAACGAGGGAACGAAUUUGUAUAAAUUGACCAUGAUUUACUAAAAUAAGACAAUGAAUUAAUAGAAACUGCCAACAGUUUACUAAAACGAAAGAACGAAUUAAUAUAAAUUGGCCACAAUUUACUAAAAUAAGGGAACAAAUUAGUAAAAAUUGGCCGUGAUUUACUAAAACGAGAGAAUGAAUUAAUGCAAAUUGGCAAUGAUCUACUAAAACGAGACAAUGAAUUAAUAGAAACUGGAAGCAAUUUACUAAAAUGAAAGAACGAAUGAAUAUAAAUUGGCCACAAUUUACUAAAACAAGGGAACGAGUUAGUACAAAUUGGCAAUGAUUUACUAAAACGAGACAACAAAUUAAUACAAAUUGGCCACUUUUUUCUAAAAUGAGGUACAAACUGGUACAAACAAAACAUUUGCGCAAGAAUUUGCGCAUACACUGUAAAAAAUAAAAAACACAAUUUGUUGAGUCAGCUUAAAAUAAUUUGUUACCCUGCUGCCUUAACAUUUUAAGUUCAGUCAACUAAAAUAAGUUUAUUCAACUUGAAAUGUUAAGUUGUACUAAGUAACAACUGAGAUGUUUGUGUUUGCUAAACUUAACAGAUGGGUAAAUAACCCAGCUGCCUUAAAAUUUUAAGUUGAUUCAACUCAAAUAUCUAAGUUGUUACUUAGUAUAACUUAACAUUUCAAGUUGAAUAAACUUUUUUUGAGUUGACUGAACUUAAAAUUUCAAGGCAGCCAGGUUACAAAUUAUUUUAAGUUGAUUCAACAAAUUGUUUUUACAGUGUAGACUUUUUUUCUCAAAUAAUUUUUUCUUGUUUUUAAAUUAAUCUUCACUACGUUUUCUUUAUUUAUGCUUUUAUCAAGAAUAUCAUAUUUAAUGCUCUUUUUAGUGCAAUAUAUUUUAAUAUUUUUAUAGUAUUAAACAUAGCAAAGAUCCUGAUGAAGUGAGUGUAUUUUGCAGUGCAGAUUUCGUUCUGCUGUAUAUUCAACACGGAGUGCUUACAGUGACGAUCUUUGAGACGAAACGCCUUGAAGUGACCAAUGUACUUUUCUGUUAAAGAAUCGCAUCGUUCUCUAAACCUUAUGCAGAACUUCCCAAACAUCAUCAUCUUCAUCAUCAUUUUCGUCAUCGUCAGUGUCCAGCCAAUCACAGUAUUGAAAACCCCCAUCAAAAGUUGACUAAAAAACUCUUUUACAAAACCUUUAUCAGCGAGACUUCAAUGUAAAUAGAAUUUUUGAUGACUAUUGUUUUUAACAGCAUGUAUAAAUGAUUUCCACAUGAUAUUUUAGCAAGAAAAAACAUUUUGAACUCUAAAUCGAUCAUGAAGCUUGUGUCUGUUAUUGUGAUUCGUGUAGCUUUAAUAUGUGUCCACGAGGAGCACGAAUCCCGUGUUUCCCCAAAUCAGGCCAGCAGAUCUGAGCUAUAGCAAUACAACCUCACUAACACAUCGUCUGAACGUUCAAAUCAGCGUUUGACUCUUGUUUUGUCAAUCAAACAUCAUAUUCAAUCAGAAAAGCAGAGAAUUUCUAAACAAAUCCCAAGAUUCUCAUCUCAUUCCGACCUGAAAGCAACAGUAGGUCCUGAAAACUUGAUCAAACUUUUGAUUUAGAAUAGCAUGCACUGAUGAAUCAAUCACAAUAAAAGUACAAAUUAGUACAAACUGGCCACGAUUUACAAAAAUGAGAGAACGAAUUAGUGCAAAUUGGCCACGAUUUACUAAAACGAGAGAACAAAUUCAUAAAAAUCUGCCACAAUGUACACUGUAAAAAACAAUUUGUUGAGUCAACUUAAAAUAAUUUGUAACCUGGCUGCCUUAAAAUUUUAAGUUCAGUCAACGCAAAAAAAGUUUAUUCAACUUGAAAUGUUAAGUUAUACUAAAUGACAGCUUAGAUAUUUGAGUUGAAUCAACUUAAAAUUUUAAGGCAGCUGGGUUACUUACCCAUCUGUUAAGUUUAACAAACACAAACAUCUCAGUUGUUACUUAGUACAACUUAACAUUUCAAGUUAAAUAAACUUAUUUUAGUUGACUGAACUUAAAAUUUUAAGGCAGCAGGGUAACAAAUUAUUUUAAGAUGACUCAACAAAUUGUGUUUUUUAUUUUUUACAGUGUACUAAUAUGAGAAAACUAAUUAGUACAAAUUGGCCAUGAUUUAAUAAAAUGAGAGAAUGAAUUAGUGCAAAUUGGCCACAAUUUACUAAAACGAGGGGAAAAAUUUGUAAAAAUUGGCCAUGAUUUAUUAAAACAAUUAAACAAAUUGACAAAUUUGACACAAUUUACUAAAACGGGACAAUGAAUUAGUGCAAACUGGACAUAAUUUACUAAAACAAGGGAAAAAACUAGUAAAAAUUGGCCACAAUUUACUUAAAACAAAUUAAUUCAAAUUGGCGACGAUUUACUAAAAUGUAUGUUAAAAUCAGCGUUUGACUCUUGAUUUGUUAAUCAAACAUCAUAUUCAAUUAGAAAAGCAAAGAAUUUCCAAACAAAUCCCAAGAUUCUCAUCUCAUUCCGACCACAGUUCACUAAAAUGAGACAAUGAAUUAGUGCAAACUGGACAUAAUUUGCUAAAACAAGGGAACGAAUGAGUAAAAACUGGCCAUCAUUUGCUAAAACGAUAGAACAAAUUAGUACAAAUUUGCAACAAUUUACAAAUUAGAGACAACAAGUUAGUUCAAACUGACUACAGUUUACUAAAACGAGGGAACGAAUUAGUAAAAAUUGGCCAUGAUUUAUUAAAACAAGAGAAUGAAUAAGUACAAAUUGGCCACAAUCAGCGUUUGACUCUUGUUUUGUCAAUCAAACAUCAUAUUCAAUCAGAAAAGCAGAGAAUUUCUAAACAAAUCCCAAGAUUCUCAUCUCAUUCCGACCUGAAAGCAACAGUAGGUCAUAAAAACUUGAUCAAACUUUUGAUUUAGAAUAAAAUGCACGGAUGAAUCAAUCACAAUGAAAGUACAAAUUAGUGCAGAUUGGCCAUGAUUUGCUAAAACGAAAAAUGAAUUAGUAAAACUUGGCCAUUAUUUACCAAAUGAGAGAACAAAUUAAUAAAAAUCUGCCACAGUUUACUAAAACGAGAAAACUAAUUAGUACAAACUUGGCCAUGAUUUACUAAAACGAAAGAAUGAGUUAGUAAAACUUGGCUAUGAUUUAUUAAAACAAUUAAACAAAUUGACAAAUUUGCCACAAUUUACUAAAACAAGACAACAAAUUAGUGCAAACUGACCACAAUUUACUAAAACUAGGGAACGAAUUAACACAAAUUGGCCAUGAUUUACUAAAAUGAACGUUAAAAUCAGCGUUUGACUUAUGUUUUGUCAAUCAAACAUCAUAUUCAAUCAGAAAAGCAGAGAAUUUCCAAACAAAUCCCAAGAUUCUCAUCUCAUUCCGACCUGAAAGCAACAGUAGGUCCUGAAAACUUGAUCAAACUUUUGAUUUAGAAUAACAUGCACUGAUGAAUCAAUCACAAUAAAAGUAUUAUUUUGAUUUUAAGUUUCAAUCUGAACUGUAAAACUGGAUUUCACUGCCCUCGACUGUGUUUUUUAAACCAACUCUACCUGUGUUAAACUCAGUAUUAUCACCUCAUUCUCCUGUUUGUGUGCUCAUACUUUAAGCUGUUAUAAUUUAUUGAUGUCAGUCGUUCAUCUGUCAUUCAUAAGCUCAAUUCUGAAUCCUGUAAGCAUUUAUUUUUGCGAGGGUUCGCCGUACAUGAUGUCAGGAGAGGUCUGCGACCUUUCUUCAUUCUGAGUUUGAUCAGAAACGGAUCCUUUCGCUCUUCUAUGCACCAUGAAUCUCGAUGCUUUGUGUUUGUGCAACUGGACGCACGUGGAAGGAUUUCAUUUGGUUUUUAUGUCUUCAGUGUUUCUGACGUCCGGUCCGUCUGUGUCCGUAAAACUCUAAAAGGGAAACUUCGUUUUGUACCGAUUUCUAUUUUCUCAUCCGCAUCCACGUUUGCCACUUUUCAGGCAAUACGCUUCGUUCCCCGACAGCCCCCGUUUGAAACAAGCACAAAUGUAUUUGUUGGGUUGUUUAAACCGACUUUAUUAAUCUUCUGUUUUCUGUUUUCCGCUGGAGGCUCUUUCUAUGACUUACGCUUUGUAGCCAAAAUAUUAUUAGGACUCUCUUCAUAUUGUAUUACUGACGUGCACAGCUGGAAUUUAAUGUUUCGAUCUAUGGAUAAUUUGUAUAUAUUGUUUACAAGACCUUGUGUUUAUUAGAACUAUCUUAUUUUUGGUAAAUUCUGUACAUAUCCUGAAAUAUUUCUGUUUGUGUGAACAUACUUCUGUAUUUGUACCUAUUUUGUAAAGGAAUAAAUAAGCUGUUUACUAAACUUCAAAA